AUAGGUAUUAAUUACGUGUUUCAGACAAGGACCCACGAUGCCCGGUUUGACACCUUCUGGCAGGAGAGUAACCAUUUGCAGAGGACUUGACAAGAAUUUAGACACCAACCAGCUGAACGAUGCUUUCAAAAUAGCCCUGAUGAUCGGUGACGUCAGACUUAUGGAGGAGAUUGAGGGGGUCGCGGGUGACGUGUACAUUCUAGACGCUUCCAUCGUGGCGCCCAGCCAUCUCGGCAAAAUCUCACCCUCGGCACUCAAGAAGUUCUUCAUAUGUGUUCAGGAAGCCUACCCAGUAAAAUUGAAGGAGGUCCACGUUGUGAACUCAACGCCUCUGAUCGAUGCCCUAUUCAACAUUAUCAAGCCAUUUUUAAAGGAGAAAAUGAGAAACAGAAUUCGUUUCCAUGCUGACUUCACAGCCCUUCAUGAGUACGUGCCUAAGGAGCUCCUACCAGUCGAGUACGGUGGCACUAGCUGUUCUCUCAAUGAAGUUAACAAUGCCUGGAUCAAGAAAUUAGAAGAAUACAAAGACUGGUUCAACAAACAGGACUCUCUGAUCGCCAACGAGUCCCUACGACCAGGGAAACCGACCAACUAUGACGAACUCUUCGGAAUAGAUGGCUCCUUCCGACAGCUGUCUAUUGAUUAAAAGGACUAUAAUUUAGCAGUCGCUAGGUUAAGGACAUGCCACUCCCUCUUAAAUAAAGUCUAUUGUUGUGGAAGUGGGACAACACUAUGUGACGCUGUUUCUCUUCUACAAAUAGGUCUUGGUUUUUGAGCUGGUGGUGAAACUCCAAAAA